AAUAUUAUUAUUAUUCGCACAGUGAAUAUAUACGCAGUUAAACGCAGUUAAUUCGCUAAAAAGCAAUUUAAAGGAUUAAUUGUUUGAAUUGUCAGUGUAUAAACAAAGAAUUUUUAAAUGAGGAAAUUGGAUUUAGAAAUAUGGGGAGCCGAAAGAAUAGAAGCUCAAUUGGAAGCUGCUCGCGAUGGACUUCGCGGUCUGGAUCGCAAUAUUCGUAAAAUUCUCGGACGAGAUCUCCCUGACGGCGAAAGUGGUCCGCUGCAACCAUCUAGAAUAUCUCAAAAACGACCAUUACAAGAAGAUCGUCGACGAGCUGUAACAGAUUUUGUGAAUAAUGAAUUACCUGGAAGCAAAAGACGAUGGCAAAGUUCCAAUGUAGAGCCAAAAACAGUUUUCAGUAGAUUAAGCGCACGAGUUCCCUCUAAUGCUGACGAUAGUGCCGAUGAAGAUGAUAGCAUUAUUAAGCCUGCUGUAUCAUCCAGAGUAAUAGCUACUCCUCGAGAAAUUCCUUCACGUCAGGAAGUUAUCAGACGGGAAAGAACAGAUGAACGUAGUCGACAAAGAAAUAAACGUAUGUUUGGUGCACUUUUGGGUACUUUACAAAAGUUUAGACAAGAAGAGACCAAACUUAAGGCAAAGGAAGAUAAAAAAGCAGAAGUUGAGGCCAGAGUAGAAGAAGCUAGAAAACGAGAAAAAGAAGAGCUACGAAGAGAAAGGCAACAAUUGUUUUUGUCACGGAAACGACAAUUAGCUGAAGUACGAGCAUUGGAAGCAAAACUUGCACGUAGUCGGCAGUUUCAGGAUUGGCGCAAUGCACAGUUAUCUCUUGCUUCAUUUAUAAAAACACGUGCACAACCUUCCAUUUAUUAUAUACCAAAGCGCAAACAUCCACAGACAGAUAUAUUAUUAGUGCAAUCCACAAAAGAACUUUAUGAGGAAAUUGAAAGAAGGGAAAAAGCAUUGAUAGAAGAAUUAAAUUUAAUAGAGAUGCAGAUAGGAUUAGGUAAAAACUCACAAAAUUUUGAAGCGUCUACAUCUUUACAUAUAGUAGAAACUUCGCGCUCGAUAGAAGAAGGUGAAGAAAAUCGAGAUCCUAAUCCAGAACUUAUUGAAGCUGCAAUCAUUGAUAAUGCUGAUGUCUCGAUACAAUCUAUAAUAAAUGAAAAUUUUGAUGAUAAUGAUAUGGAGAAAAAAGAAGAGAUACAAUUAAACCAAGUUCAAUCAGAUGAAAAUAAUGGGUAGUAUAAAAAUUUUCUAUGAAAA